UUCCCCGUAUUACCAGCUGAUUCAAUUUCUUUCUUUCUUUUAGCCAUCGAUGUGCAAUUAGACGACUGGUCUUCUUGUUGAACAAUAUGGAGGUGCAAAGAUUUCGUCUUCCUUUAUCCGACACGAGACUGCUGAUGGUUGGAAGAAAAAUUUACAAAAUCAAACUGCGACAGCGCGGCUGCGAAGAUAGUGAUGAAGGCGAACUGAACGCUCUCUACGAUAGACCAGAAGUUCAACAAGAUCUCAAGAACGUUAUUCUGUACACGCUUGUCAACAUCGCCGAUCGUGUUCGUCCAGUGCAGACAAACGAUCUAGUUUGCUAUCCGUUUAAAUCUCCUUGGAUGGCAGCCAAGAAACUAAACUUCUAUCAACACAACCAACUACUGGACACAUACCCUGAAGUGAUCACAUUCUAUGUCGAGUGCAAGGAUCGCACAAAUUUGAAUAAAGAUAACCUCGUGGAACAAAGAGCAACCGAUUUGGAAAGAGAGGAGCAUGACGUUCAUCAGUCACUGGAAUGUUUGGAAGGCGAAGAAAACGAACGAGUGACGAAGAAGCAGCUGAAACGGAAACAGUUGCGAGAGCUAAAGAGUGAGGACGACUCUUCUGUUCAUGUGAGUCGACGAUCAUCAAAGAGAAGGAAAGUUUACUGUGAAAGUGAAGACUCUGAAAGUAACAGUGAACACAGUGGCAGUCGAAAAGCAAGAGCUAGUCAUAGGACUGUGCUGAAGGAGAAAAGAUUGAAUAAGAUCCAACGGAAGGCUAAUUGGGCUAGAAGUGAUGCUCCUACUCCUGCUGCUGCUGCACAGGCGUCAAGUGUGGGUUGUGAAGGUCAAACAUCUAAACAAGAUAAAGGCGAUUCUGCUGGAACGGAUACUACGCGUCGAUUGUCGGGAUUCACAGGGUUGCUGCAGCGCCUCCUCAAACCACUCCGAAUCUGGUGAGCAGACUGAACUCCCAACAAACACACAUUGUGUUUAGAAGGAAAGGUACACUAGCGAUCAGUGAAAGUGUAUGUAUGCACAUGUGCCAUAGAAAUUUAUACAAUAACACAUCAUUGCUAAAGUAUUUCAUUAUAGGAUGACUUGAGUUACAAUAGCUUUAUUGUUUAUAUUUACACUAUUGCUACAUUAUGAGCUACAAAAUCAAUGG